CCUGAUUAGUAUUUUCUUCGCUGCUUUACAGUCGACUUAAAAGUGCCUAAGACCCUAGCGAAAUCCUCUUGUCUUCUAGGUUUCUGCUUCAUUUCGUCUUCUGCAAAAACCCCCCAUUGAAAAUUUCUAACUUGCAUUUCCUUUCCUCCCUUUUACUUUUCAGAUCGCACCAAAUUUAAGGGAGGGAAAUGGACCCAGAUUCAGUUAAAUCAACUUUGUCUAACCUAGCUUUUGGUAAUGUUAUGGCAGCGGCAGCUCGCGAUUAUCAGAAGGACUUGAUUGCUCAAGGGAAAGCGCAGCCAUCAAGUUCUAUCAACCAAGAGGUUGACUUAGAUGAGUUGAUGGAUGAUCCUGAGCUGGAAAAACUGCACGCGGACAGGAUUGCAGCGCUCAAGAAAGAAGUUGAGAAACGAGAAGCCCUGAAGAAGCAAGGACAUGGAGAGUACAGGGAGAUAAGUGAGGGUGAUUUCUUGGGUGAAGUCACUGGCAGUGAGAAAGUUAUUUGCCACUUCUACCAUAGGGAGUUCUAUCGGUGCAAAAUAAUGGAUAAGCAUUUGAAGUCUCUUGCACCAAGGCAUCUCAAUACCAAGUUCAUCAAGCUGGACGCAGAGAAUGCACCCUUCUUUGUUACCAAGCUUGGUGUCAAAACUUUGCCCUGUGUCAUACUGUUCAGGAAAGGGAUUGCAAUUGAUAGGCUGAUUGGAUUUCAAGAUUUGGGAGGAAAAGAUGAUUUCACCACAAAAUCGCUCGAGAUUCUUCUGAUAAAGAAAGGUAUAAUUAGUGAGAAAAAAGAUAAUGAAGAUGAUGAAGAGGAUGAUUAUCCUGAAAGCAGAGACAGGACAGUGAGAGCAUCUGCGUGUCCCGAUUCUGAUUCUGAUUGAAUAAACCCUGUAAAAGAACCUGCAAGAGUUAUGCCUUGUUUUCAUCUUUCGUUUUUUUUUUUUCAGAGGAUAUUAAAUGUGUGAUUGUAUCAUUGUUUUACUUGUUAUAUUACGCUUGUUACCCUCCAGAAAAAAUAUUCCUCAGAUCAAAAUUAGCAAGGCUAGUAUUUAAUCGUCUGGACA